AGCAGCCGGGAUGGCAGCACGGAGCCUGGCGGUGUUUGGAGUGGUGCUGGAUGUGUUCCUGGUGCUCACUGCAGCCACCAACCCCGGCUUCGUGGUCAGGAUCACCCAGGCGGGCCUGGACUAUGCCCACCAGCAUGGGAUUACCGUCCUGCAGAAGGAGCUGGCCCAGCUGAAGCUGCCGGACAUCUCAGGUGACUUUCCAGUCCGGCACCUGGGGAAGGUGCACUAUGAGAUCUCCAGUUUGAACCUGCGCAGUUUCCAGCUGCCGUACUCACGGAUCUCCCUGGUCCCCAACGUGGGGCUGCACGUCGCCAUCUCCAACGCCUUCGCCGAGGUGGAUGGGAACUGGCGGGUGAAAUUUCACUUCAUCCGGGACCACGGAUCCUUCGACCUGGAGGUGAAGAAUGUCUACAUCAAGAUCGACCUGAAGCUGGGCAACGACGCCUCGGGGAAGCCCACCGUGAGCACUUCUGCCUGCAGCACCCGCAUCUCCAGUGUCCACGUCCACUUCUCGGGCAAGUUUGGGUGGCUGUACAACCUCUUCUAUAGCGCCGUCGAGUCCAGGUUCAGGAAAAUCUUGGAGGGCAAGGUUUGUGACAGCGUGGUCAGCUCUGUCAACGGCGAUCUGCAGCGUUACCUCCAGACCUUGCCAGAAGCAAACGUGUGCGAAACCCCUGCCUCUCUGCUGCUCCGGAAAGCCAGGGCACGGCACUGCGCGGAUGUCAGCGGAGGCAAGCUGCUCCCGGCUCUGCUGUGCCGUCUGCCUUUCACUCAUCCCUCUGCCCCAUGUCUUGCAGUCACGGCCAAGAUAGAUGCCAAGGCUGGGAUUGAUUACUCCUUGGUGGCACCACCAGCGGCCACUGCGCAGACCCUGGAUGUAGACCUGAAGGGUGAAUUCUUCUCCCUGGCACACCGUGGUGCUGUUCCCUUCCAACCGCCAGCGCUGGCCCUUCCUCCUGACCACGACCGCAUGGUUUACUUUGGGGCCUCCAGCUACUUCUUCAACACUGCUGGCUUCGCCUACCAUGCAGCCGGGGCACUGGUCUUCGAGAUCACAGACUCCAUGAUCCCGAAGGGUGUCGAAUUCCAUUUGAACACCUCCACCUUUGCAGCCUUCAUUCCCCAGCUGGACAAGAUGUACCCCAACAUGCUGAUGAAGCUCAGGCUGUCUGCUCCCUCUGCCCCAUUCCUGAGCAUCACACCAGGCGGGAUCUCACUCCAGCCCGUUGCGGACAUCCAGGCUUAUGCCAUCCUUCCCAACACCAGCCUGGCCCCUCUAUUCCUCCUCAGUUUGACAGGCAACGUGUCCGCCACCAUUGAUGUGAAAUCUGGCCACAUCGUAGGGAAACUGAGCGUGGGCAGGAUGAAGCUCUCUCUGAAGCAUUCAGAUGUUGGCACUUUCCAGGUACGAAUGCUGCAGUCAAUAAUGAAUGUAUAUGCCUCCAGUAUCCUGCUCCCACGUGUUAAUGAGAGGUUAGCUGAAGGUUUCCCACUGCCGCUGCCGGACCGAAUACAGCUCUCCAAUAUCCUUGUGCAGUUUCACCAGAAUUUCCUGCUGCUCGGAGCAGAUGUGCACUACACGCCCCGGGAGCGCAGAUAAAGCUGACGAAAGGGGCUCUCACCACGAGGACGGCCCCUCGGCCUGCCCCGCGCUGUCCUUCCCGGGGGACCCUGUUCCCGUCCCCCACCUUGGUUCCCAGCCCCAGCCUCAGCUGCUCCCCCCGCCAUCCCUGCCGCUGAGACAGAAAACAAGCGGCCCUGCCAAGCCUGACUCAUUGCCGGCCCAGCACAAACCGCAGACGCGCGGGCGGGGGACAAGGCCAAACCCCCCGGCCCAGGCUGGGCUGAAGGGUCCAUCACCGCCGGGGAGGGGCUGUACCCCCCCAGGGCCCUUUCCCAUCCGGUCCCAGAGAGCCACAGCCGCAUGGAGGCUGCUGGGGCUGAUGAGGCCUGGACCAGGACUAGCGGCUGCCCCUUCUCUUUCCCCCUACGCUUCGCCUUCACUGAGCGGUGCUGCCCUCGGCCAGGGGGGUCCCAGCGCCCAGGGGAGACCCCGCUCGGAGCCCCCACAUAAACACAUCAAGGUGAAACCAGCAA